UUGUGACGAUAAAAUCCAAGCCGCGUGAAACUAUUUGAGUAAGAUUGCGCCACUUUAGUCUCAAUAUAAGGAAAUAUUGCGUGAAUAGUUUUACGAGUUUCACGUUAAUUUUGCGCAAUUUUUAUCACUUUUCAGUGUUUAAGUUGUCAAUUAUUUCAUUCAAUUUCAAUUUGUAUUAGGUACCGAGUGCGUGCACCGAAUCCGGAAUUGGCCGUCUCCCCUCCACGGCGUGCUAGCAGUGCCCAGACAAGCGGUGCCCCGCGGUGCUCUGCACUGUGUACCGAAAAGAGGCUGAUGUGCUGAAACACGUGCUGCUACGCUGCCCGGCCCUCGCUGACGCCUGCUAACGCUGACGCCUGCUAGCCUCGAACACACCGCUCCGCAGAUUUCUGUGGCCAGGAAACUUCCGACCUUUUCACGUGUUUACAUGUUGGCGGCCGCCGGUGCCAGCGCCACUGUGCUGCAGCUGCCGUCGCUGCGAGCCGAUCCGCCGGAGGAAGCCGUGCCCCGGGGCAGAGAGAUGGGUGACGCCGCCGAGUUUCGCCACGAGCCGGCGCAGGGCGCCGACCAGAAGGCGCUCAGCCUGGCCUACCGGGAUCUGCGCGACGUAUCAAAUUACGUGGCCGACCAGCAUGGCGCCACCAUCAAUUACCUGGACCUCAGUCACAACAAGAUCAGUAAUCUGCAGUUUCUGGUGCGGUUCGAGCGCCUGGCCACACUGGUACUGGACCACAACCGUCUGAUUUCGCAUAGCCUGCCGCCUCCAAUGCCGCAUCUCACCACGCUCUGGAUCAACCACAACAAGAUCAAGGAUCUACAGCCGUUCCUGCGGGCGCUGCGCUACAACUGCCCGAACAUCCGGCACCUGAGUAUGAUCGGCAACCCGAGCGUACCGUCGCUGGUGGGCGGAUCGUCGCGGGGUGACCUCUAUCGGUACAGGAUCAUGGUGCUGACGUACUUCCCGCGGCUGGCCAGCCUGGACCAGCAGCGCGUCGAGGCCUGGGAGCGACCCGACUCGGACACGCUGUGGGCCAAGGUCACCUCCCCGGAAAACUGGCGCGAGGUGCAGCGGAAGGUAUCCGUGACCGCCUCGGACGUGGCGGACAAGGUCUCCAGCACCGUCGGCCAGGGCUUCGACCGGGUGGCCACUUGGUGGGAGUCGCAGCGGACCGAGCGCGACACGCGGCAGCACGUGCCGCGAAACGUGAUGGUGUGAGACGGGACGUGAUUCAGCGGACGUCGUCUGAAACGGCAUGUGACCGAGCGCCCUAGGCCUGAGACAUCCCGAGGCAGCCCUCCCAUGCGAGGCUCCCUGCAGCCGAGUACCACGACUAAGCUGCUUCUAUCAGGCUGAGACUCCUGCCGGCAUCUGAUCGAGAUGUUCUCCCUCCGUCCCGAAUGACUCUCGUCCAGUCAGAGUGAAUUACGGACGUUGCCAGUGUCCGUUUCGACCGGCCUGCGCCACGACGAAGGCUGUACAAAAGCGCGCCUUCGUAAUGUGUUACGAGCGUAUGUCAAUGCGGAGUUGGAAACUCCUUAAAGCAAGCAGCUCUUGCAGUCUGAUGUGCUGUCGUGCGUGAAGGUCUGACAAAGGACCCCCGUGGAUCAAAUGGUGGAUAAAUGGGUAUAUCUCGUGCGUCAGUGCGUGCCUUGAAUCCGUGCUGCCAUCUGUGCUGUGUGAUGUCUUGAUCUUGAUAUAUCUUAGCCGAGAACCUAUUGUCCCAUAUUGAGCGUGUGUAAUCUAAUUGCAAUAUCUGUAUGUCAGUCAUGUAUAUUUGCCUCCUAGCGCUUAUGGUGUAUUUUAUAUCCCCUGAAGUACUUACUGGUGUCAUAUCCUUGCAUGCUAACAUUAGUGUAUAGGCUCGCAUUUCAUCCCAGUUUAUCUAUUGAGUAGUGUAUUGUGAUUGUGUAUGUGAUGGGCUGAACUGGUCUAAGUCCGAUAGUAGUCCGUGUCAGAGUAGCUAGUUAUCAUAUAUAUCGAGUAUGGCAGUGCCUUUUGCGUACUAACAAUCAGCUACUGCGUCUUCCACAUUCCAGUCAGCCAGUGAUCAUGUUUAUCCCGUCGGCCGUUCACAAUACAAACAUAAUAACAACA